AUGAAGGAAAAUAUGAAACGAAAUGCUUCCCAGUCAUUAAGCUACAAAAUCCUGAGCAAUCUUCUUGACUUUCCCAACGAUGAUCAGAACCUCUGGUGGCACAGCACGGCGCCGAUGUUUGCAGAGAUGCUGCGAAUGGCGCGGUACGAUCUUCAUCAGCAGUACAUGAUACUAGGGCUGUGGAAAAAGGCUGUCAUUCCUUUUCUGGGACCUUAUCAUACCAAUAGCCGUGACCGAUGGCUAAGCAUUCUUACUCGUUACGGUACCCCUUUCGAGUUGAGUCUCAAUUGUUCCUCUAACCUGGUGCGCUAUACAUUUGAGCCCAUCAAUGCCUCCACUGGAACGGCUGAGGAUCCAUUCAACACCCGCGCGGUCUGGGAUAGUCUCGGGAAGUUUCUGCCUCUUCAAAAAGACAUUGAUCUGCAGUCUUUUAAGCAUUAUAAAGCCGACCUGACUUUGAGCGACAACGAAUCCGAGCGCCUCUUUAAAAAUGACUUGGUGGGAAGUGAGAUCAAGACCCAGAACAAGCUUGCUGUCGAUCUCCAGCCGGAGGGCGGCAUGGUGCUGAAAGCCUAUAUCUAUCCCGCUCUCAAAUCACUUGCUACUGGCCGAUCGAUCGAUGACCUCAUGUUUCAAUCCGUCCGUUCGUACUGCCAGCAGAUUCCAAUUCUCCUUGAACCUCUGCAUGUACUGGAAGAAUAUGUUCGUUCCCGCGGCCAAAACAGUACAGCAACUACACGGCUACUUUCAUGUGAUCUCCUGAGCCCGGAAAAGUCCCGAACUAAGAUAUAUCUUCUUGAACGCAUGGUAUCGCUUGAAUCCAUGGAGAACUUGUGGACCAUGGGAGGCCGCCGUCAAGAUCCAUCGACUCUGGCUGGACUUCGCCUUAUCAGGGAGCUCUGGGACUUGAUCAAACUCCCGACUGGUCUAUUGACUUAUCCCAACGGAUAUCUACCCCUCGGUACAACUCCGAAUGAGCAGCUUCCACUCAUGGCUAAUUAUACACUGUACCCUAACGAAACCAUGCCUGAGCCUCAGGUUUAUUUCACCACGUUCGGAAUGAACGACAUGAAGAUAGCGGACGCCUUGACCGAGUUUUUCCAACAGCAAGGAUGGACAGACAUAGCUGAAUCAUACAAAGAGAGCUUACUUUCCUAUUAG